AUGUAUCGCUCCACCAAGGGCGCCUCCAAGGCGCGCCGCGACCAGAUCAACGCUGAGAUCCGGAACCUCAAGGAGCUGCUGCCGCUGGCCGAAGCGGACAAGGUCCGGCUGUCCUACCUGCACAUUAUGAGUCUUGCCUGCAUCUACACUCGCAAGGGCGUCUUCUUCGCUGGAGGCACUCCUCUGGCGGGCCCCACAGGGCUUCUCUCAGCUCAAGAGCUUGAAGACAUAGUGGCAGCACUACCUGGAUUCCUGCUUGUGUUCACGGCGGAGGGGAAGCUGCUAUAUCUCUCUGAGAGUGUGAGCGAGCAUCUGGGCCACUCCAUGGUGGACCUGGUUGCCCAGGGUGACAGUAUCUACGACAUCAUUGAUCCAGCUGACCACCUAACUGUGCGCCAGCAACUCACCCUGCCCUCUGCUCUGGAUAAUGAUCGCCUCUUCCGCUGUCGCUUCAACACUUCCAAGUCCCUCAGGCGCCAGAGUGCAGGCAACAAACUGGUGCUUAUUCGAGGCCGAUUCCACGCUCACCCACCUGGGGCCUACUGGGCAGGAAAUCCUGUGUUCACAGCUUUCUGUGCUCCACUGGAGACAAGACCCCGCCCUGGCCCUGGCCCUGGCCCUGGUCCUGGCCCUGCCUCACUUUUCUUGGCCAUGUUCCAGAGCCAUCACGCUAAGGACCUGGCCCUGCUGGACAUCUCAGAGAGUGUCCUAAUCUACCUGGGCUUUGAGCGCAGUGAACUGCUCUGUAAAUCAUGGUAUGGACUGCUGCACCCUGAGGACUUGGGCCACGCUUCUGCUCAACACUACCGCCUGUUGGCUGAGAGUGGAGAUAUUCAAGCAGAGAUGGUGGUGAGACUGCUGGCCAAGCCUGGAGGCUGGGCAUGGAUUUAUUGCCUUUUAUAUUCAGAAGGUCCGGAGGGUCCCAUUACUGCCAAUAACUACCCAAUCAGUGACACGGAAGCCUGGAGCCUCCGCCAGCAGUUAAACUCUGAAGAAACCCAGGCAGCCUAUGUCCUGGGCACCCCGACCAUGCUGCCCUCAUUCCCGGAGAGCAUCCUCUCGCAGGAGCAAUGCUCUGGCCCUAAUCCACUCUUCACCAUGGGGCCUCCCCGAAGCACCAAUUUCCCCAGUGCUCCUGAGCUGGGUGCUGUCUCAACACCAGAAGAGCUUCCCCGACCCCCCAAAGAGCUUGGCUUCAGUUACCUGACAUUUCCAUCUGGCCCUGAGCCUUCUCUUCAAGGAGACCUGAGCAAGGAUCUUGUGUGCACCCCACCCUACACGCCCCACCAGCCGGGAGGCUGUGCUUUCCUCUUCAGCCUCCAUGAGCCCUUCCAGACCCACUUGCCCACUCCAUCCAGCUCUCUCCAAGAACAGCUGACUCCGAGCACUGUGACCUUCUCUGAUCAAUUGACGCCCAGCAGUGCAACUUUCCCAGAUCCACUGACUAGCCCACUACAAGGCCAACUGACUGAAACCUCAGCCAGAAGCUAUGAAGAUCCUUGCACCUCCACUUUCCCAGAUCAGCUGCUUCCCACCACUGCCAACUUCCCAGAGCGUCUGAACAGCCCUACCCAUGAGCAGGUGACUUCUCCAAGCACAGCAUUCCAAGCACACCUGAACAGCCCCAGCCAAACUUUCCCAGAGCAACUGAGCCCUAAUCCCACCAAGACUUACUUCGCCCAGGAGGGAUGCAGUUUUCUCUAUGAGAAGUUGCCCCCAAGUCCUAGCAGCCCUGGUAAUGGGGACUGCACACUCCUGGCCCUAGCCCAGCUCCGGGGCCCCCUCUCUGUGGAUGUCCCCCUGGUGCCCGAAGGCCUGCUUACACCUGAGGCCUCUCCAGUCAAGCAGAGCUUCUUCCACUAUUCGGAGAAGGAGCAGAAUGAGAUAGACCGUCUUAUCCAGCAGAUCAGCCAGUUGGCUCAGGGCAUGGACAGGCCCUUCUCAGCAGAGGCUGGCACGGGUGGGCUAGAGCCACUUGGCGGGCUGGAGCCCCUGGACCCUAACCUUUCCCUGGCAGGAGCUGGCCCCCCUGUGCUCAGCCUGGACCUAAAACCCUGGAAAUGCCAGGACCUGGAUUUCCUGACUGACCCUGAUAUAUUCCUGGAAGAGACGCCCGUGGAAGACAUCUUCAUGGAUCUUUCUACCCCAGACCCCAAUGGGGAAUGGAGUUCAGAGGAUCCUGAGGCAGCAGUCCCAGGAGGGGCCCCAUCACCUCGCAACAACCUGUCCCCAGAAGAUAGCAGCUUCCUGGAGGACCUGGCCACAUACGAAACCGCCUUUGAGACAGGUGUCUCAGCAUUCCCCUACGAUGGGUUUACUGAUGAGUUGCAUCAACUCCAGAGCCAAGUUCAAGACAGCUUCCAUGAAGAUGGAAGUGGAGGGGAACCAACGUUUUGA